GAGCGCACACAAGCGCGCUUCUUCAUCCGGUUGAUCUAUGCCACGACGGAUGGUUCCAACAUUUUCACACCCGAGUACCUGAAGCGGAUUAAGCGCAUCGAAGACAGGCUCGAGACUUUGCCGGGCUACCGACGUUUCUGCCUCGCCGAUGGAAACGGCCGCUGUGUGCGGCCGCUGUCGGCGGUCAACUAUUUCUUUGCCAGCAUGGAUGCUAGCACAGGCACCAUCACGCCUGAUGGUCGAGGAGAACACCUUCUUCCCAUUCAGGCGAUCUUAGCGAAUCUUGGCACCAGCAAUUCCUACUUCGUGGAUAGGUACUUCGGUGUCUCGUCGGGUCAGCUGAAAAGUGCUCUCGAGGGCAACAUUACUCGCAGCGUCCUCCGCUUCGGAUUGCCCCUAAGGGGCUUUCGGAACACGGAGGACCAUCGACAGGCCGAGAUGUUCGGGGAGUUCGUCAGGGACCAGCUCCGGCCUUACUUGAUGGAGGCGUCCUCGGAG